AUUCACAAAGUUGGUGUUGAAACAUACACGAGAUUUUUAUUCGACUUGUAAAAUUCGGUUAAAUUUAUCGAUUCAAGUAAGAAAAAUUUAAAAGUUAUUGUGAAAUCCAAUCAAAGCAAACAUACAAAAAUAAAAAUAAGCGCCUUUGGCAAAAUUGAGAUUACUUCGAUAAUUUUUCAAUCGGAAUCCAUCAUUUGAAUUCGAAAAGUCCGCAGUUAUUGUUCAAAUUGAGGGUGGGAAUAUAAUCCGAAAUCAGACAUGCCGAUUACUUGUGAGAUCAAUUUUGAAAACAAUCCGCAGAAAGUGAUUUAUUCCGGCCAAAUGAUGUUGCGUGGAAGUGUACAAUUGAAUUUGUCGGCGGAAAAAAAUGUUCGUGGUGUUUAUAUCGAAUUAUUUGGAGGAGAAUGUGCCUCUUGGACGUCUGGUAUUGGAAGAUAUCAAAAAUCCUACAUUGCCGAAGAAUUAUAUUUAAACAAACGAAUUUAUUUUGUGAGCGGAGGCAGCGGAGAUGCUCGACUAGCAGCAGGAAUCCAUAACUAUUCAUUUGAAUGUGAUUUGCCAACUUCAUUGCCAACAACAAUGGAGAGUGAAAAUGGAUACAUUCGAUAUGUCGCUCGGGUUGUUUUCGACAUUCCACUUUGGCCGUCUAAAAUAAUUACACAACCAUUCACCGUCAUUAAACCAGUUGAUCUAAAUACAGUUCCAACAUUACGAUAUCCAAUCACAUUCGAAAAAACCGAUACGAUUACCGGAAUUGAUUGGUUGUGUUGGCUGUAUGCAGAUCCAAUGAAAAUUUCUGUUCGCAUCCCCCUUAGUGGAUACGUACCAGGACAAACUAUUAAGGUGCAAAUAAAUGUUAGCAAUCAAACUGGACAACCAAUCAGUGGUAUUAUGGUAAAAUUGAUCAGGCGCACACGGUAA